UGUAGGGAACAUGAAUGCUGACAGUGUGGUGCACCACAAGCUGCUACACUCUGUGAGAACCCGCUUCGUCCGCUUUGUGCCCUUAGAGUGGAAUCCAAGUGGGAAGAUGGGCAUGAGAGUGGAGGUCUACGGAUGCUCCUACAAAUCUGAUGUUGCUGACUUUGAUGGCAGGAGCUCGCUUUUGUACAGGUUCAAUCAGAAGAUGAUGAGUACCCUCAAGGAUGUUAUCUCCCUGAAGUUCAAGAGCAUGCAAGGAGAUGGGGUUCUGUUCCAUGGAGAAGGUCAACGUGGAGACCAUAUCACCCUGGAGCUACAGAAGGGCAGACUAGCCCUGUACUUGAACCUAGAUGACAGCAAAGCCAGACUCAGCAACAUUGCUCCCUCUGCCAUGCUGGGUAGCCUUCUGGAUGACCAGCACUGGCACUCGGUUCUCCUGGAGAGGGUGGGCAAGCAGGCGAACUUCACUGUGGACACAAACACGCUACAUUUCCGAACCAAGGGUGAGACGGAUGUCCUGGACAUCGACUAUGAGCUCAGUUUUGGAGGAAUUCCAGUGCCAAGCAAACCUGGAACCUUUCUAAAGAAAAACUUCCAUGGCUGUAUUGAAAACCUUUACUACAACGGAGUAAACAUAAUUGACUUGGCUAAAAGACGCAAGCAUCAGAUCUACACUGUGGGCAAUGUCACUUUUUCCUGCUCAGAACCACAAAUAGUCCCCAUCACAUUUGUCAACCCCAGAAGCAGUUAUUUGCUACUGCCCGGCACUCCCCAGAUUGAUGGACUGUCAGUGAGUUUCCAGUUUCGAACAUGGAACAGGGAUGGCCUGCUACUGUCCACAGAGCUGUCUGAAGGCUCCGGGACCCUAAUGCUCAUGCUGGAGGGUGGGACUCUGAAGCUCCUGAUUAAGCAAGUGGCAGGACAAGGAAUUGAGACCCUCACAGUUUCAAAUGUGGUACAGGCCCUGGCAGUGAGUCCUCUAAAAGAACAGGAGUACCUGUACUAUUAA